CCCACCCAAACCGGUCUUGGAAGUUAUGAAUAGAAACAACCUGGACUGACUUGGUCUCGUUAGGUAGGGCGUUCAGCAGCUUUGGGAAGUGCUGAUUUUCGCGACAUCAUGUACCAGUCGUUUUGUUGGCUGGGGGCAUGUCUUCUGGUGCUCCUUCAUGAGGGUUUCGGACAACGGACUCCAGAAUGGCAGAAUACUAUGAACAACUUUGGUUUAAGUGAAGACAGGCCCCAAAACGCUCAUGUUUACACACUGCUUGCUGUGGCCGAUGGUGAAAUAGAAUAUAGAAUCGAAGACUCCAACACUUUUGAGUUGCGAAAUCAACUUGAUGGGAAGGUUUAUUUGAUUAAAAGUUUGGACUACGAGAAUAUUUUUGACAGAGUAAUUUCUGUGUCAUUUACUGCAAGGAAUGUAAGAAGAAAUACAGAAGCCACGGUUACUUCCAUUGUGAACGUGUUGGAUGCAAAUGACAAUCUCCCAGAAUUUGGAUCUGAUACGUACAGUAAGAGUAUAAGAGAGGACUCGCUGAUAGGUCUCACAGUCCUGGAUGCUUUAGACAGAUUCUUUGUCAAGGAUGUUGACGGGGUCAACAAGCUCCUCAACGUGACCUGCGACCCCAGCAGAGCAGCUGCUCAGCACAAAGAUGCCUGCAACACUUUUAGUGUGAGUCGCUUCAAUGGAAGUAAUUCGUACUGGUACGGGUCCCUGGUCCUGAUGCAACUCAUUGAUUAUGAAGUCCGUUCUCAAUACCAGGUUCCCAUCGUUGCAUCAGAUGGAACUAACGAAAAACUGAUCACAGUGGAAAUCACAGUUAUCAACAUCCAGGAUACGCCUCCUCGAUGGAUUCGGGCCCAGGACGUCACUGUUGUGGAAGAAGUUCAAGUGGACACUUCUCUGGAUUUUGUCGAGGCUUUAGAUGGUGAUGUGGAUGACCCUCGUCCCAUUUUUUAUGAAAUUAUGAACAAUAUCGGCAACGGACACACACUUUUCAGGAUUGACAAUGGGACCGGAAGGAUCUUUAAUAAAGUACUUAUAGAUCGGGAGAGUCCAAAUUUCCUGCAGGGAUAUGUAGACCUAAACAUACGCGCCAGAGAACGAGAUCCCUUUACCGGAGAACUUGGCGAUGCGCAAAUCAACUCGACAACGACACAGAUUCGUAUUACCGUUGAAGAUAUCAAUGAUAACAAGCCCAAGUUUGAACAGGACGAGUACGUUACGAGUCUGCGUGAAGACGCACCAAAUGAUACGCCGCUCAAUCUGCUCAUCCCGGUUGAGGAUCCUGAUCAGGGUACAAACAACAACUUCAUAUUCACCCUAAGUGCAUUCAACGCCGAGUUCAAACUGUCCGAUUCGGGGAACCAGUCCGAGUCUGCCUCUGCACAAAUCCGUGUCCGGGAUACAACGCUGAUAGACUACGAACAAUCCCAAAAGCAGUAUGUCUUCUUUGUUCAAGCCCAAGAGUUUUUGACGCCACAGAGGUUUAAGAGUGAGGCCAAAAUUACCGUCAAUAUAAUUGAUGUCAACGACAACAACCCAGCAUUCAUCCAGUCUGCUUACGUGCAAAGUAUCUUCGAAAAUGCUGCCCCUGGUCUUUCUAUUGAAACAAUAAGUGCCAACGAUCCCGACUCAGGUGACUUGGGUAAAGCUGGUAUAGUGUUUGGAAUGACAGGCGAUGGUAAAAACUUGUUCCAGUUGAAUGGUCAGUCAGGUUUGGUAACAGUUGCAGACUGUCCGACUCCGGGAAGGGGGGACUGUAUUGACUUUGAAAAGAAAAGGCAGUACGUUUUGACGGUCACUGCCCGGGACGAGAACGGCCGUGGACGAGCAGGAACAACCACACUGACCAUCAACAUUCUGGACGUCAAUGACAACAGUCCUGAGUUUGUUAAUAAGAACUACACUAGUUAUAUCGAGGAGAACCAACGCAACCCGAACCCUGAGGUUAUUGUGUACGCCUUGGAUAAGGAUACUGUUGGAGGUCCUGUUGCUUACAGGGUCAUCGCUGACCAGACCGGGAUAUGGGCGGUCAACCAAUCUGGCUUCAUAUAUUCUACCAAGGAUAUCCAGUACUCCGAUACACCGGGCAAUGUGGGAUAUUUUAUCUUCCAAGUGCAGGCCACAGAUGGAAAGUUUUCACCCGUCAGCAACGUUAAGAUCGUUGUUAUCGACAUCAACGAUAAUACGCCUACUUUCCCCCCUGCUAUCUACGAGACAACAAUCAGUGAAAAGACUGCUGGAGGUACAAGUGUGAUCACUGUGAGCGCUACGGAUGCUGAUUCGCCAACAACAAACAAUGGUGUAAUCGACUACAGAAUCCUUUCCGGUAAUGAUGGGAAAUUCGCUAUCGGCCUAACCACUGGCGUUAUCACAACGACACCGGAUGCGACCUUUGAUUAUGAUGUUAAGAGACGAUACACAGUACUGGUGAUGGCUCGAGAUCGUGGCACUCCCCCACGAAACGCCACCAAGAUAGUUUACAUUAACAUCCGAGAUGUCAACAAUAAAGAUCCAUAUUUUGAAGAAUCAACGAUGCAGGACAGUGUUUAUGAGAAUGUUGCGGUUGGUUACUCUGUCAUAACCGUGAAAGGACUGGAUCCUGAUGCCAAUGCCGUGCUCCGAUAUUAUUUCGUGGAACCGAAAUCGUCAAUCAGUCCUCUUGGUAACACCGUUGACAGAAACAUCUACGAUUACACGAACCUGUUCACCGUGGAGGAGGCUUCUGGAAUCGUCCGAACCAACAGUAAACUGGACAGAGAUCUGACCUCUAUAUUAACCUAUUCCUUGAACGUCGUGGACAUCAGCGCCAACCCUCCACAGACAGGCACAGGAACGCUAAUUAUUACGAUUUUGGAGUACAAUGACCAACCGCCGUACUUCCUGCCAUUUAUCAAUCAGUCAAUUGCUGAGGAACAGCCCUUUGGAACUUUUGUCAUGGUGCUUCAGGCUCGUGACCAAGAUGAUGCCAUCGCAGAAUACCAAAUUAUCGAGGACCCCAACCAGUUCUUUGCCAUUAAUUUUGAAACAGGUACUGUGACCAUCGCUAGGAGGAUUGAUUUUGAAGUCAUAGAGUCGGCCUAUUUCACGGCCCAAGUGUUCGACACCGGGACACCUAGACUAAGCGCUUCGACCACCGUCUAUUUCACUAUUGUGAAUAUCAAUGACAACUCUCCGAAGUUUCUAGAGUCAUCAUACAUCACAAGAGUGCCGGAGCAUUCACCUACAGGCACGUUUGUGAUAAAAGUCAGCGCCACGGAUAUUGACAAGGGGGACUUCGGCGUUGUGCGAUACACGUUGGGAGAACCCAGCUCCUUUGUUGAUAUCGACAGUAUCUCGGGUAACAUCACUGUCAAAGCUGGAGCCAAUUUGGACCGAGAGACACUUGGCGACGUUUCCAUACAAGUCACGGCUUCUGACAGUCCAAACAACCCGAACGUCCGGAGAUUUGCCACCACAACAGUGUACAUUUACCUGGAUGACAUCAAUGACAAUCGACCAAGGUUCACUCAGGCCCAUUACUCCACCACCAUCGUGGAAACCAUUCCUGUUGGGACCAGCAUCCUUCAGGUCCGGGCCACUGACCUUGACAUUGGUUUGAAUGCCCUCAUUGGCUUCGAAAAGAUUCUGGGCAGUGGUGAUAUCGAUGAAUUCUUCAGCAUUCGUAAACGCACAGGUGCUAUUGAGAUACAGAAGAGUCUGCUGCGUAACUCGGGAGUGUACUCGUUUAACGUAACAGCAACAGACAUGGAUGGUCAGGGGCCAUUUUCCGCCACAGCUAGCGUGAAGAUCACUGUCUUACAGGCAACCAACUCUUACCCCGAAUGGAGAACCCCUCCUUUUGCCAAUAUGAGUAUCGACGUUCUUGAGAGCCAGUACCUCGGAAUGCUGGUUUAUGACGUACACGCCAGUGAUGCUGACCGUGGAGUGAAUGGUGUUGUCGACUACGGUUUCUACCACAACGGCUUGUACACAACAGCUACACCAGAGUUCAUGAUAAACUCAAUCACCGGAGUCAUCCGAGCCCAGAGGGUGUACGAUCGGGAGGAAACUGACCGCUAUGUGCUGCUGCUGUCAGCCAAGGAUAGGGGAACCCCAGCUCUGGAGUCCACCCGUUUCCUGACUGUCGUAGUCCGUGAUGUCAACGAUAAUCCGCCAGUCUUCCCAAUAAAUACGGUAGGGGAGACCAUUGAUGUUGAAGUCCAGGUUCCAGAAAAUGCAAACAUUGGUGUUCUGAUCACCAGGCUGGUAGCUACAGAUCGGGACUUUGAAUCGGAAGCUGUCAAAAUUUACUAUUACAUUAUAAGUGGCAAUGAGGGGAAUAUGUUUAACUUGAACAAGACAACCGGAGAACUAUUCUUGGCCAGGACACUAGACCGUGAAACAAAGAGCAUCUUCCUCCUUGACGUUCAAGCCACCAACAAUGUCAGCGACUACAGUGUCAUCACCAGCCGUCGUCGACGUGCCGUCGAUCCGAGCAUCGUCACAGUGAAAAUCCUCGUCGGUGACACCAACGAUGCUAAACCCACAUUCACCAAAGUACUAUAUCGUGGCUGUGUGUCUACCCGGUCUGCCAUUGGUCAGAGUAUCAUCCAAGUGCAGGCUAUCGACGUGGACUCCAUCGACAUCAGAUACAGCGUGGUCUCGGGGAAUACCGAGGGCCUGUUCCAUGUUAAUGAGAUCACUGGCAUCAUUUCCAACAGAGUGCUGAUGUCAAAUACCAACAAUCAAGUGUACAACUUACAAGUCCAGGCGCGGGACAGUAACUUACAGGACAACGCCGAUGUACAGAUAUUUGUGACACAGCCUGACAACGGUGUGACAUUGGUCAUCAAACAGCCGGCGUCUGAAGUGAGACUGUUCAAGGAACAGAUACAGAAAUUACUGGAGAGUUUCACAGAUGCAAACAAUGAGCCCAUCUUCACUUUUGUGUGUUUCAAUUCUAUAAGUGACCAUGUACUGGCUUCAGGAGAUACAACCAGCCAGUGGGCAGAUGCCACGAUCUCCACGGGAUGCGCCAGAUGCAGUAACGGUGGAGUGGGUGUGUUCAGCGGUGCCCAGCUUCUGUAUGAACUCCAGAUCUUAAUGAGUCAAAACAGUGAUGGCUUUGACCUUCUGUACAUCCACGAACUCAUGUUGGCCACGGAGAAGGAGAAUAAAUUGGAUCGUACUCCCACGCUUGUUGUGAUGAUCCUCAUCAUCGUUCUCAUCGUCGUCGGCCUCUUCUUCCUCAUCAUUGCAUGUUACUGCAUCAGGAAAUCCACACGCAACGAGCAGAAGACUGCUUUGCUUGAAACCAAAACUGAGGAGAGAUUUGAAGAGCAUCCGCCUCACAACAUGUAUGACAAUUUUGCUUAUCAACCGGAACCUGUUGCCUAUGCCAAGGUCAUGAAGAAACCUUAUGAACCUGAACGACCAAAAUACCCUGAACCCGAGUUGGAGUUCGAACCAGAAUAUAUACCAGAACCAGAACCUGAACCAAUCAUUGUGGAUGAGGUUAUCACUGCCGAGUUUGAGCCUGAAGAUCCGUCUCCUCGAUCGUCUAUUCCGUAUGAAACAAGAAUCGAGACCACAAUUGUUGAUGAGACUGACGGAGCGGAAAUGUUUCCUCCGGAACCAUCUGAUGAAUACCGAAUAGAAACGUCCUAUUAGUUUUUUUUCCAAAAACAAUUGAGAAAAUAAUGAUCUCCAAUCUUUCCUGAUUUUCUAAUAAAAUUUCGAAAUUUAAAAAAAAAAAACGACAGGAAAAUGGUUAGUGCUAUUAGAAUUUAACCAUGAAUUUUGUUAAAUCUAAAAUGAUUAAACCUCAUUGAAGGCAUAUUUUCAUGUAAGUUAAGUUGUGAUGUUUAAUGUAAAAUUUUCGGAAUAUCAUUGCCAAUUUACAAAGCUACCUUCCUCAGAAUAGGGUGAAAAGAACAAUUUUUCCAUGCAGGAAUAAUCUCAUUGCAUAAAAAAUUCAACCAAUGUAGUUUGUGAUAUUAAAUAAUUUUGUUUCAUAUUAUACCAACCCAUAUUGGUAAACAUUAUAAAUUUUUGUUCCCAGCAUUCUUGCAAAAUUUUGCAAAAAAUGUACAUGUCAAUAUAUGGGUUCUAUGUGCUCAAAUGUGUUUGCUUACACUUUUUUUUGGGGGGGAGGGGAUUCUUUGUUUCUAUAUCACAAUUGUUUGAGAGCUUCGAAUAUGUAUUCAUAUGUACCUAUAUCUGUAUACUGUGAAAACAGGUAUUUUUGAGGGGCCUAAAUUUCAUGGUUUUCCAAGAAGAAGAAAAAACACCAUUUUGUAGGUACAUGAAUUUGUUGGUUACUAGAACCCGCUGAAGCUGGUAGUUUACUACUUGGGGUAUACUCGUAUGGAAAAUACCUUCAUGGGCAAAUCUGUAAUUAUUCAUGGAAAAGGAAUUCAAGGAUGACCCACGGAAUAAACCAAAAUAAUAACCCCACAAAAAUGUGUGAUUUCACACUAAUGAUAUACCUAGUUACAUUUAGUGUUAUAAUCUUGCCGAGGAUUUGUGUAUCAUUAUACAUAGACUUCUGGGGCCCGUCAAACUUACAUUGCUUUCUGUGUUUUGUAUGAUAGCUACUUCUACUAUGGAGUAAUAGCGUGCGUGUGUGUAUAAAUAUGUUGGUGGGGAGGGGGAUAAGACUCGGGUUGUGAGAAAGAGGGGUUUCUGGUUGGGGAAGAUGAUCAGACAAUAGGGGUGGGGGUCCCUGUUCACUAUAAAGGUACUUAUUUAACUCACUCACCCCUACAUAUUUAAACUGGACUUGCCCAGUCUUUGAUUUGGUAAGGUUCAAAUGUGACUUUAGGGUUGAAUGGAUUAAGCGCACACAGAUUUUUUGCAUAUUAUCAAAUUUUAACAGAUCAGCGCUUUGAUGAAUUAGCAAGCUAAGAUAUAUUGUGUAGAAAAAACAUUAUACAAACCAAAUUAGCCCAAUAAUAAAUAAGCACAAUGUCUAAAGCGCAAAAAUGCUACAAUUAGAACACCGCUAAAAUUUGUCGGCUUACAAUAUUCUUGGGAAACUUAGAGCUAUUGGUUAGCACUGAUUUCUUUCAUGAGGGGGAUUGGGGAAAUGGAGCUUUGAAUCCAUCACCAUCCCUGAUUUUCAGUUUGGGUCAUUUUGAUCAACAUUUGAAAAGUCGCUAAUCAGGGAUUUCCUAUGCUAAAUGCAUGUUACAGGAAACUUGAUGUGGAAAUUAGUUCAUCUGAUGUGUGCUACAAAAUAAGCAAAAAUGUGAUUAUUUGUAUUUUUAUUGUUUUGAAAAUCCAUGUCUUCGGGUGAAAGUAA